AUGACCGUUCCAGCGUUUCUUCUGGAACUGGACGAAGUGGAUGGCGUUGGCAAAGAGGUCGAGGUGUGGCGCAAGGACAUAUCCUCGCCUCUUGUAAUUGAGAUCCACAUGGCGCCGGGCGGUGUAGCGGCCGCCCUAGCGGCGGCGGCGGCGGCCUCCGCGGCCGGCCCCAGUGGCGGCGGCGGCAGCUGCUUACCCGCCGGAGGAGGUGGAGGUGGAGCAGCAGCCGUAGCAGCAGCAGCCGACUAUUUUGGUUCGCUCGCUGUACAGCUUCGCCCGGGUGCUUCCCGCGUACAGGCUAUUCAGGACGGCCAAGGUAGCGGAGGGGCGUGUCAGCGGAGCGCGGGAGAGCAGUUCCAGUUCCAAUUGCAGUACAGGAUCUACCGCACGUUACAGCAGGCGGUCGGUAGCGACGGCGGCGGCGCCCUCUGUGGUGACGGCGAUACCCUCCCUCGGCCGCCGCCGCCGCGGCUGCAGGACUUCGCCUUCGCGCCCGUCGACACCCCCGGCGGCCGCUUCCGUGUCGCGGUGCAGUACAAUCCCGCAGCGACGGCGCUGGUCCUGGAGCACAGUACGGCACCCAUGGCGAUGCCGUACACACUGAACGAGAAUUACCUGGGCCCCUUCGGUGCCGCUGCUGCUGCUGCCGGCGGGUCAUUGGGGCCCCCUGCUGGAUCACGUGGGCCCUAUGGGACCCAACCUUUCCCUGGCACCAGCGCUCCGUCUUCGGCCGGGAUGGCUGCGGCCAGGCACAUGCGACCUGCCAUGAGCACCAGCCUGUCGGGCCCUACGACUGCCGUACUAAUGGGCCGCAGUCCACCUGCAGAUGGCGGUAUUCUGCGCCACGCGCCGUCAGCUGGCAGCUUCGGCGUCGGGGGUAUCGUGCCGGGUUCGGGGGCGGCGGCAGCCUCUGCUGCUGGCGGCGGCGGCGGCGGCGGCGGAGUCCCGGCGGCCGGGGGCCCGGCGGCGCCGCCGCGCGUCAUCGUGCGUCAGAGCUGGAGCAGUAAGGAGAUGAAGGUGUCCUUCUCUUUGCCGCCGCCGCUUGGGAGCCCCGGAGGGCUGGGUGGCGGCGGCGGCGGCGGCGUGGCGGGGGGUUUCCGCAGGUCCAGUUCAGUCCCAGUAGAAUCCAGCUCAGUGCCCACGUCAGCAUUCGCCGUGCCCGCAUGGCAACACAAGAUGAUGGCUGCCGUACAAGGUCGGGAAGAAGGCGGCGGCGGCGCGACGGCAGCAACAGCAGCGAUGGAAGUGUCAGGGACGGCAACCACGGGUCGAAGUAUGGCGGCGGCAGCACCUGCCGGGGCCGAAGAUUCCGCCACAGCCGCCGCCGCCGCCGCCGGCAGCAGCAGCAGUAGCGCUGGCGGGGGCAGCGGAGUCACCUCGAGGGUUGUCGACGCCACCGCAGCGGCGACAGCUACCGGCGCCGUCGGGGAUGCCGCUGGCGUGUCACCCGCUGUCGCUGGUGUAUCCCUGUACGACGAAUACGAUGGAAGCCGGGGCGGCGAAGGCGAUGACGCGGCCGCCGCGGGGGACAGAAGUAGCGGCGGCGGCAGCAGCGGCGGCGGCGGCACAAGACAGUCGACGGCAGCGGUGCUCGGGGUCGGCGGUACGGGAUCCGGAACCGCGAGCCGUACGACAAGCGCUCCGCUCGCUAUUCCAUCGCGCUCGUCCUCCCGUACUCGCUCCGUGGUGGACCUCCGCGCGCCGGCCGUGUACGGAGGAUUCGAGCACCGGAUGGCCCCGGGGAGCGCCCCGGCGGCGCCGCGGGGCAUGCUAGGACUGGCGCUGGGUGCCAUGAAACCCGGCGGGGCAAGAGGCAGCGGAAUUGGCGGCGGCGGCGCCGCUGCCGCCGCUUCCCCAUCCAUUUCUUCGGAUGCCGCCGCCGAGGCUGCCGUCACCAGUGGCGCGGCGGAUGGCGGGAAGGCGGAUCGUGCCGCUGACGCCAGCGCGUCCUUGAUGUCAUUGGCCUCCCUCCACCAGGCCAUGGUCCCUCUGGGCUAUUUCGCUGGCCAUGUGGCCCCCCCCGGUGCCGGGGGGGUGGGUGGUGGCGGGGGGGGGGUUGUGGGCCCCGCCCGGGGUGUUAGCGGUCGCGACAUCACGUACCUGGCCACCAUCCGGCGCCCCUCCUGGAGCUCCCGGAGCGGGUCCCUGGACCCCUCCCUGGCCAGUGCUGGAGCGGCGGGUCCGUUGAUGGCCAGCCUCUCCCCUCUACGCGACCUUUUGGAGUCGUCGUACUCCAACCCCUCCACCCCGGGGGGGCCCCGCAUGCGGCCGGAUUCCGCCGACCAGCCCCGUCGUACCUCCCAGCGGCACCGCGACCCCUCCUCCUCCUCCACUUCCGCCAUAUUCAGCCUCAGUCCCUCUAGCUCUGCCGUACCGGGGACCUCACCAGCCGUACAUCUCCAUCACCUACAUCACCAGCACCAGCGCAGAGGAGCGGCGGCCAGGGCUGCCGCCACGACGGCGGCGGCAGCGGAGGGCAGUGGCGCUGGCGGCGGCGGCGGCGGCGAGGGUACCGGACUUGCGGCUGACAGUACGGACUCGGCGGCGGCGGCGGCGGCAGCGAUGCGGGCAGGCCCGGGCGCCGCUGCGGAUUCCGCCACCACCGGUGCUGCUGGCGACCGCGGCGCAGCAAGAGGGAUGGGUAACGGCUCCGCCGCCGCCGCCGCUGUUGCUGCGGAAAACAUGGACGUCGCCGAGCCCACGGAAGACGUCGUUCCGUACGACCUGUACGGCACGUACGGCGACCCUGACGUCGACGCCAGGACGUGUCCGCUUAUCCGUGAGGACAGCGAAUCAGAUUUGCUGCCGUUUGCUCUGGACCAGGAGGGGCUGGUGCUCGGUCCCGGGGCCGCGGGAGGAGGAGGCCCCGCCGCCGCGAUGCUGACGGCGGCGGCGGCGGCGGCGGGGGCACGUGCCACCGCGCCGACGGGGGGUCGCCCCCGGGUUGCGGGCCACCCUGCCGCGGGACCCAUUGAACUGACCCUCAGUAUCGCACAGGCACGCGAACGGGAUGUCGCAGUCGGGGCCUUCGUUCGCAUGAUGGCGGAUGCGGCGCCCCUGGCGGCGGCCCCCGAGCACCCGGCCGUACGGGAGUAUAGCCCGCGGGAGGCCCUCCUGGAGCUCCAGCAGCUGGGGAACCGCAUCCAGGCGGCGCUGGAGGCGGCGGCGCCGCAGCUCCAGAUGGCGGCGGCGGCGGCAGCGGCAGCGGCGCCGCCGCCGGCGCCGCAGCCGCCGCAGUCGUACUGGGGGCUUGCACCUCCGGGCGGCGCGGGGCCGUGCAGCUUCGCUGCGAGUUGGUGUCGCCGCAUUAGGAGUCAUGACAGGACGAGGAGGCUGCUAGGGGCAUCAGUCCGCCUUCCUCUGGGGUAG